UCUUUCUCCCACUUUCUUCCCUCUUUCUCCAUAUACAUAUAAACUCUCGAAGAACAAAAGGAGGUUGAGAAAAUAGAAGAGAGAGAGAGAUCAGAAAUGGCCACUGGAGCAGCUGCAGUCGAGACGAUGCUCCGGUGCGUCCUCGAAGGAAGCUUAUCGAUGCAAGAAAUGGAAGUGGAGCGCCGCCCAUAUCAUCGCAACUGCAGCUGCGCUUUACACAGCUUAAAAGGUAGUGUUUGCUCUUCCGCUUGUUCCCGCACCAGGAGUAUAUCUUUUACCAAGAGAAGGACCUGGAAUGAUUCUUCCUUGACAGUGGCCAAUUCUCAAUUUUCUUCUCCAUCUUCUCUUAUUGGAAGCUCUUCUGUAAGGAACAUGGAAUCAAAGGCAUCGACGGGGUUUUAUUGGAUAGAUGAUUUUCAAAAUAUGUGCGAGGGUAGGAGAUAAAGAUUUGAUUUCUUU